GGUGGGGAGGUGGUGAAGCAGCUCUCUACGGAGAGCGGGGCGCGAAUUGAGAUCUCCAAGACCGAGAACGAGGGUGGCAAAGCUGGCGAGCGAACAGUCUACAUCAGCGGCCUCCAGGACGCAGUAGACAAAGCCAAGCAGCUCAUAGAUGACGCCAUCGAGAAGGCCAAAGAGCGGACUGGCCAGGUGAAUCCCAACGCCUGCACUUUGAAAGUGCCCCAUGAGCUGAUCGGCAUGCUUAUCGGACGCGGCGGAGAAACCAUUAAGGACCUCAAAAAGGAGAGUGGAGCCCGCAUUGACAUCGCCAAGGAGGCGGACGAAGAAGGCUGCACAGAAAGACAAGUGCACAUCACAGGGCCUCCAGAGUGCGUGGAGUUUGCCAAGAAGAUGAUUGAGGACAUGCUCGGCAAGUCCCGAGAGGGCCGUGAUAAAGAUGGACCGAGGAAACCAGGAGGGCGGGUCAUCAAGGUGCCCACUGACAUGAUCGGCGUCCUCAUCGGCAGGGGCGGCGAGACCAUCUCGAAGAUCCAGAAAGAGUCGGCGGCGCGGAUCGAGAUCCACAAGGAUGAUCGCGAUGCUCUGGAUCGCAGUGUUACAAUCAGUGGGCCCGCGGACAACAUCGAGAGGGCCAUCCGUGCCAUCGACGAUGUGCUCGAUGCUGCUGAGAGACAGGGCAAGGGCUCGCGACGCAGAAGAGAUCACGAUUCGAACGCUGAUGAGGGCGCACUGGUCCCCAUGGACCGGAAGCCAUCACCCGUCAGGGACAGCAGCUGGCUUUCAGAGAAAGUCUACAUUGAUGAGGUCGACAUGGCCUACAGACCAAACUAUCUGCCCGACCACGAGGAUCUGGGCUGUCAGUUGGGCUACAGCUUUCACAAGUUGUCACUCUUUGACAUUUGGGACAGUCAUGCGGCAUAUCGUACAAACUGGACAGGGCCGAGCGACACGCGGGCCAAUUCAUUGAUGAUGGCUUGCAAAUAA